AUGCGCGUCGACGGGCGUUUCAGCGUUGUCGGGAGACUUUAUGGCACCGUAUUCCUCUUUUUGUCUUGCACCAACGACCCCCACGAGCUGUUCAUGAUGAUAUUACGGCCCUCUUUCCUCUUUCUCUUCCUCACAUCCCUCCUCACCGCCGUCUCCGCCCUGAAAUUCGACAUUACCGCCGAGAAAGACCCAAAACCGAAAUGGUCGAAAAGUAUCUGGAACUUUGCCGCCUCCCAUUCCCUCGUCAUAGUGACAGCCAACGUCCCGUCCGAGCCUGACCAGCGUGUCGACAUUGAAAUACUCGACGGCUCCGCCCAUGGCAAUGUCUAUCUGAACAAGAAGGAUAUCAAGGGAGAGUCUAGGCUGGCAGUGACGACGCAUGAGAAUGCUGAUGUCGGUGUCUGCUUGAGGAACUACUGGACGGGAGCUGGUAAUCCCAGGGCUGUGCGCUCUGUGGAGCUUGACGUGGACAUUGGCUCUGAUGCUGUCGACUACAACGCGAUCGCAAACCAAGAAUCACUUUCUAUCCUCGAGGUCGAGAUGCGCAAGCUCGAAGCCUCCGCCCGGGAGAUCGUUCAGGAGAUGGGCUACUUGCAGAAGAGAGAGAUGAGGAUGAGGGAUACCAAUGAGAGCACGAACGAAAGAGUCAAGUGGUUCUCUAUCUUGAUCAUCCUUGCCACCAUUGGCCUUGGUGUCUGGCAAUUGCUGCAUCUGCGUUCUUUCUUCAAGCGAAAGUACCUCAUUGACUAG